CUGCGAGGCAGCUCACGCGUACCUCAGCUGCUCUCUUUACGCUCCACACUAAAUAACAUCGUUCAACUGCCCUGCACUGCCUUCAAGACUUGAAUAAUUAUAUAAAGUUUUAGAGGUCUCCCUAACUUUGAAUCUUGUUAAUAGAAAACUUUCGAAAACCACAAACUGUUCCAAGUUUGAACUCAGUUAUCUUGAACGCUGUAUAGAAUACAUCUUUGAUAUUUGUUCAAAGAAAAUUUCGGAAAACCCGAGGGAUGUUCGUCAGAGCGCUGGUCUUGUGCUGCGCGCUCGCCUCUGCGACCUGCACUCCGGUUGCUCAGGGUGCCGAUGGCUGGCCGUUGGUGUCAACAAAAGGUCGCAUUCAUGAAGACAUUAUGUCGACCGAAGGCAAAAAGCAUGAAGUGAAUCAAGCGGCGAAUAAUUUCUACGAAACAACAGAAGUUUCUGACGAAGAAUCCUCGAAGGAAAUAACAUCGACGACUAAAACACAUGGACUUGCCAAAGGCUCUGCAAGUAAUGUGAAUUUCCAAAUUAAAAAUCGGAAUUCACAUGCAUCGAAGCCUCGCGUACAGAAGCGCGAAAUUGGUUCAAUUUCAUCUUUGAACGAAAUCUUGAAAAGCACGAACCUGAUCUCUGAGAACCGGAGGGUGAACCUGGCAGCGGUUCUGCCCCUGCUGCAUCAUCUGGGGGAAAUGUUCGGCCACAUCGGCCCGCCCGGAGGCUGCGACGAGGGGAACUGCUGGCAGCGAUCCUCGACUGGCGAGUGCGUGAGGAACCUCAACUGCCUCAUGGGCAAGCAUAAUUUUGUUUACUGAACACAGAAAUAUGGCCGUGAAACUUCCAUACUUGUUACUUGCAUGCAAACUCAUGAUGACUUUUCUCACUAGAUGCAUCCGAGUAUAAAAUAUCCAAUAUAAAGUAAUUACGAAAUUGGAAUUUGCGCUCGAAAUCUGUAUGCCGUUACGACGUUACUCGCCUCGAUGGUGUAAAAACAGCAGCUCUGUAAUCAAGUAACAUAAACGUUGAUUGUGGUGAGAUUUGUUUUGUUACAAUGCAGAGUUUAGGGAGACGUUUCUGAUUCCUGUAGAUUUGUAGUGAGAAAUAUCACUGCAGUAAUUUUCGUUGCAAGUUCUUUUGUGCAUAGAGAAAACGAUGUAACGAUUAUUACACUUAGAAAACGUACUACAUUAAAUAUUCUAGUCA